CUGUCAUUGCUUGUUGUUGUGUAGCAUAGUGCUUGCAGUAUUUGUUGUCUCUGGAUUUAAAGUACCCGUUAUGUCCCAGCAAGUUAAAUGUCAAGUUUAAACUUCAUGUGAGCUAUUCAGCUUGGCAUAGGGGCGCAUCAAAACACAUAGGUCGCACAGGCACAGCUUGAUUACCGUUGUUAUGAUCUAUGAAAGGAGGUUCUCUUUUACAGGACAAAUGUAGAACAUGUUGCCAUUUAAUCAAUUACAUUUGGCAGAUACAUUUGUUUUGGAAGUUAGAAGUAAAGAGGGAUGAGUGAGCCCAAGUUCUCUUCAGGGGUGUGCUCGCUCUAGUGGGUUCUAAAACAGGGGUUGCGGUGUGGUCGAGCUGAGGAAUUUUGCGUGGAAUGUUGAGUUGGCCAAAUACCUCACGAGAAUACCCCACAAGCUUCAACAUAAGGAUGUGUCCGCUCUGAAACAUGGUGAUUUAACGCCAUUUAAGAAAAAAGGGGGGUUUGUGCUCCCAGCACAAGCUAGCGUUACGCUAGCAGACGUCGGGAUAUGCAUCAGGCAGAGCCAUAUUUUUCAGUGCAUGCUAGACACUUUCUGCUCUAUUAUUGAAUAGAUGGACAAAAGAUACCAUUGCAUACGCCUGUUGUGCCAUGAUAUGCCGCAGGUGUGCGAAAGCAGUGGACUAUUGGGGCUCGAUACUGGAUGCUAACGUCUUUGGAUUUUACUUGGCUGCCCAAAAAGCAUGCACUUUGUCAAGUCGGACCACUGGAGAGGAAUUUCCUUGUCACAUUGUCAUGCCGCUUCGCCUUCACCACUGUUUUGAUGGCUUGACACUUGUGUUGGGAUUGUACUUUUUGUAGCAAUUUUUAAAUCCACGAUUUCCCUCCCCGAUACAGUAUCAGCAAUGAAUGUACACGAGUUGGUUGCAGUUUGAUACUUUUAAUCACUUCACCAAGGGCGAUCCUGGGCCAAAGCUAAACAAGAACGGGACACAAAAAGGGAGAAGGGCAACUCUCCGUUCAUAAAGAAAACAUGGCCUCAGUUUGGAAAAGACUGCAACGUGUGGGGAAACACGCGUCCAAAUUCCAGUUCGUGGCGUCCUACCAGGAACUCAUGGUGGAAUGCACAAAGAAAUGGCAGCCAGACAAGCUGGUGGUGGUAUGGACUCGCCGCAGCCGACGGAAAUCCUCCAAGUCGCACAGCUGGCAGCCUGGCAUCAAGAACCCGUACCGUGGGGUGGUGGUGUGGCCCGUACCAGAGAACAUCGAGAUCACAGUCACCCUGUUCAAGGACCCCCAUGCAGAAGAGUUUGAGGACAAGGAGUGGACGUUUGUCAUUGAAAAUGAGUCUCCGUCGGGCCGGCGUAAGGCCCUGGCCACCAGCAGCAUAAACAUGAAGCAGUAUGCCAGCCCCAUGCCCACGCAGACCGACGUCAAGCUCAAGUUCAAGCCGCUCUCCAAGAAGGUGGUGUCUGCCACGCUGCAGUUCUCCCUGUCCUGCAUCUUCCUCCGAGAGGGCAAGGCCACUGACGAGGACAUGCAGAGUCUGGCCAGUCUGAUGAGCAUGAAGCAGGCCGACAUCGGCAACCUGGACGACUUUGAGGAGGAGAACGACGAAGACGAGGAGAACAGAGUCAACCAGGAGGAGAAGGCGGCCAAGAUCACCGAGCUGAUCAGUAAGUUGAACUUCAUGGAGGAUGAGGACCCGGAUGCCUCCAACCUGAGCAGCAACCCCUUCGACGACCCGGAAGACCCAAACGACCUCAACCCAUUCGGUGACCCGGACGAAGAAGAACCGCCCCCUCGGCCCACAUACAGGUCCAGCCCGAAAGUGGAGCACUCCUACUACGACCAGGAGCCCAGCAACCCGUUCGACGAGCCAGACGCCGACCAGGACCAGGACCCCGACCCGGAGCCGGACUUUCAGACGGGCGGGGGGAACCCGUUCGAGGAACCCGACGGGGAACCGGAACCAGACCCGGAAGUGGCGCCGCCCCAACAGCACCAGCAAAACCAGCAGCCGAGCUCCUCGCCACCGCGGCCCAGCAAGAGGAAGAACAUCCGGCCCGUGGACAUGAGCAAGUACCUCUAUGCAGACACCGCAGGCAAGGGAGACGAGGACGAACUGGACGAGUCCAAUCCAUUCUACGAGCCCAAGUCCUCCAGCCCCGUGCGUACCGAUCCCCCGUCUCCGGCGCGGACCAAACGGCGCGCCCCUGCUCCCCCCGUCGUGGUUCCCCAGACCCCCGCACCAAAGAGCCAGGUUCCUGACAGGGCACCCAAUGCACCCUCGGCCGUCGCUGCAGUAAUAGGGAGGGAGCUGGCCUCCUCUUCCCCCAAGCCGAGUCCUGUGCCUAGUCCUGUGUUGGGAGGGAAGCCCAAUGCCAGUCAGUCUCUGCUGGCCUGGUGUCGCGAGGUGACCAAGAACUACCGCGGCGUGAAGAUCACCAACUUCACCACGUCCUGGAGGAACGGCCUGGCCUUCUGCGCCCUUCUCCACCACUUCAGGCCCGACCAGAUAGACUACAAGUCGCUCAAUCCUCAGGACAUUAAAGAAAACAACAAGAAGGCCUACGAUGGGUUUGCCAGCCUGGGCAUCUCUCGUCUGCUGGAGCCCUCGGACAUGGUUCUGCUGGCCAUCCCGGACAAGCUGACGGUGAUGACCUACCUGUACCAGAUCCGCGCCCACUUCAGUGGCGAGGAGCUCAACGUGGUGCAGAUCGAGGCCAACAGCAGUCGCAGCACAUACAAGGUGGGUGACUUUGAGACGGACACCAACAGCUCCAUCGACCAGGAGAAGUUCUACGCCGAGCUGCACCAGCCAUCCGCCGAUGGCACUGCAACCGCUGAGACCAACGGCGCAGGCGGCGGUAGCCACGACGAAGGAGCAGGGCCUAUGGAAGAAGGGGAGGGGUCUGAAAUGUUUUCGGCCAAUCAGAACAGGCACCUGGCCAGCAGCCCUGCCCCCUCCACUUCAUCCUCCGGACAGGGCAGCAUCGCUGCCACCAGCCAGCGCUCCACGUCACCCCCAGUCGCUUCACCCCGAAUGUUCGAAUCGCACCCCAGGCCUGCACAGAGGACGGCUGCCUUCACCAGCACCACAGCAGACCCUGGCAGCAGCAGCAGCAGCAGCAGUGCUGGCCGACCCACACCAGAACCACGGCCACUGCAGAAGGCCGACACGCUGGACAUGGGGGACCUUCCCCAGCGGGUGGAGAGGAGACAGGAGGCCACGCUCUCCUCAACUGCCACCACCAACGCCGCAGGGCCAUUCGACAGGGACACAGACAAGUGGCGGCGUGGCGACGGUGUCUCCACCGAGGCUGAUGGAGAGGACUCCUUGGACUCCCAAGGAUCCCCCAGGCCCAGGCCCUCGCCCUCACUGCAGCAACAACAGCAGCCCCUCUCCCCCUCCCACAAGCUGGGCUUCUCCUACAACCGCGACGCCGACCUCAUCAGGAAGAAGCGGGCCAGCCUGCGGCACUCAGAGUCGGACACCACGUCUGACAGCAGCAGCCCGCCACCUCCACAGCACCAGAACCACACGGACUCCACCCCAUCACCCACCACUAGACCAACACAGGAGUCUGCACCUGUUCCAUCACAGAGCCCCUCAGAAGAGAAGAAGGUGCUGUCUCGUCAGGAGGAGCUGAAGGAGCGUGCCAGGCUGCUGCUGGAGCAGGCGCGCCGAGACGCCGCCAUGAAGGCUGGCACCAAACACACCGCCCAGACCACCCCCGCACGCACACAAGUCAUAGACGAGCGAGACGAGGAGCGGCGGCGUCAGCUGCGUGAGCGGGCGCGUCAGCUGAUAGCGGAGGCUCGCUCGGGCGUGCGCAUGGCAGAGCUGCCCAUCUACGGAACAGACGGCUCCGUGGCCACCGCCACCACCGCCUCCGCCUCCUCGGCCAGCAAGUUGAAAGGAAGGUCAAAGGCAGCUGGAGGUGUGCUGAACAGCCGACACGUGGACCUGAAGCUGAAGAAGCUGGUGGAGGUGCGACCUGCGGGAAGCUCUCCUUCCUCCUCAUCCUCCUCUUCCUCGCUCACCGCCUCCACCACCUCCCCGACCAGCCCCACCGACGGCAUCGACAUGGAGCAUGCCACUGCAGAGGAGCUGCGUGCGGAGCGUCUGCGGCGGGCCUCAGAGCGUCUGCGCAGCCCCGUAGUCUUCAACAAGGACUCAACCGUAAGGAAGACGCAGCUCAAGUCCUUCAGUCAGUAUGUGGAGAACAGACCAGAGGUGAAGCGUCAGAGGUCGGUGCCUGAGGAUCUGCGGAGGUCAAAUGAGGAGAGAUCAGCGUUGGCAGAGCUGGAGGGACACAGGCCCAAUGAAGAGGAGUUCAAAGACACCAGUCAGUAUGUGGUGGGGGAGCUGGCAGCGCUGGAGAGCGAGCAGAGGCAAAUUGACACCCGGGCGGCACGCGUGGAGAAGAGGCUGCGCUAUCUCAUGGACACAGGGAAUAAUAAGGAGGAGGAGGAGGCCAUGAUGCAGGAGUGGUUCAUGCUGGUCAACAAGAAGAACGCCCUGAUCAGGAGGCAGAAUCAGCUCUCGCUGCUGGAGAAGGAGCAUGAUCUUGAGAGGCGCUUUGAGCUGCUGAACCGGGAGUUAAGAGCAAUGCUGGCCAUUGAAGACUGGCAGAAGACCGAGGCCCAGAAGCGUCGAGAGCAGCUGCUGCUGGAUGAGCUGGUCAUCCUGGUCAACAAGAGGGACGCGCUGGUCAGGGACUUGGACGCCCAGGAGAAACAGGCCGAGGAGGAGGAUGAGCACCUGGAGAGAACUCUGGAGCAGAAUAAGGGCAAGAUGGCCAAGAAGGAAGAGAAGUGUGUCCUUCAGUGAUUGCCAUCUUUUAUUACCUUUUUUUCCUUUUAUCCGAAAAAAAAAACUGAAAGCGUAAUUUUUUUAAGGACAUGUAAAGGGGAUUUGUCAUCAGUAGAGACUUUUAAAUACCCCCCUACCUCCCUUCCCCUCUCUCAUUCUCACCCCCCCCCCUCUCUCUCUCCCACUCAUACUCUCUCGCUCUCUUAAUUCAUUUCAUUUUAAGACAUGUGACCCUUUGAAAAGAGAUCUAUUUGUUUAUCUGCGUGCUGAGCAGAGACUCUUGGCUGGAGGUGUCAUGUGUCCAGCCUCCUCGUUUGCUUUCUACUGACUUUAUACUGAGAGAAAAUUCCUCCACUUUUAAAACAAAAUAUCCAAUUUUAUUGUCUCUUUUUAUUUUUUUGUUUUAUUUCUUUCAUGUCCUUCAGUUUUGUUAAAAACAAGGUACUUGUUAUGUAAUAUAAAAUUAUAUAUGUAUUAUAUACACAUCCCCAGUGUAAAAGUCUUGAAUUUAAAAAAAGAAAGAAAUAGUGAGUACUGACCUCUGCUGAAGAGAGGAGGGGAGAGUAUUAAGCAGCUUUUUGAAUUUGAAUCCCAAUGGUUUGUACAGCCACACACGGCCUUGCCAGUCUGAAUGUCUUUUAAUCCCGACAGUGGAACUUGUUUUUAAAGUAGAUUCAAAAAAAGAGAAACCUAGUUACAGCACAAAGUUGUUUUAUCUUGGGGAAACUUUUAUUACCAUCAUUUUCUGGGAUUACAUUUUAAAAAAGUAACUUUCAAGCUUAAAAAAGGAGAAAAUCAUAUCGUUUCAAAAAAAAAAAAAACUGACAAUAUGAGAUGAACACGACUAAUAACGGUCCUCAUGCAUUUGCAAACAAUGUUUGUUACUUGAUAAUCUCUUUUAAAGUUCUUUAGAUUUUAGGGUUUUACAAAUGAAACAUUUCAGUAUGAAUAUAAAAAAGGGCCGUGCGGUGCAUUUCAGAGAAUCAGUCAUUGCUCUGUGGCUUUGGUGACUUAUUUUGUGCUUGAACACAGUUUACCAAAAUGUUUUUUUGUUUCUCUCAGUGGCACAGAGCCACAGUUGAUGCAUGGACUCAACACCAGGAAGCGGACUAUCUUGUUGUAUAUUUUUCAUCGUUAGUCUGAUGGGGGUUAGCUUGCAGCUGGUUUUGAAAAAGAAAAGGAAAGAAAAGAAAAAGAAGACUUAAAUUUCCACAUUUCAGCAAGAAAGCAAGAGCGUAAUUAUUUAUUGCGGUGUGUCUUUUUUUGGCCACAGCUAAAGCAACUAACACCAUGUGCAUUUGCUCAAGGAGGUUGUUUGUAUUUAUUGUAAACUUUAAAAAAAGAAACUUAAGCUUUCAUUUGCAAACCUCACAGUUUUGUUUUUGUUUUUCACACAUCUCUGUUGCAGCGGUGUUAUUGUGCAAGCAUUUACCUGUUUAUUUAUUCCAGUGUCAGACUAUUCAAGUCAUCAAUAAAAACUUCAAUGCUUUCAUACUCAA